AGGCUCGGCUCAGCUGACGAUCGUCAUCGGAAUGCGCCGUUUGGCGGUGACGCACGACUGUGCGCCGAGGUGUAGCUGACAUGGCGGCGGUGGCUGCGGCGGACAACAGAGAUAACCUUCUGGGGAUCUCAUGGGUAGACAGUGCUUGGAUUCCAAUUCUAAAUCCAGGGAAUGUGCUUGACUACUUUUCUGAAAGAAGCAACCCAUUUUAUGAUCGGACUUGCAACAAUGAGGUAGUCAAAAUGCAGCGGCUUAGCUUGGACCAUCUACAUAACAUGACUGGUCUGGAAUACAUUCUGCUACAUGCACAAGAACCUAUAUUGUAUAUUAUUCGAAAGCAACACAGGCACAGUCCAACACAAGCUACUCCUUUGGCUGAUUAUUAUAUAAUUGCAGGAGUGGUGUAUCAAGCGCCUGAUUUGGGAUCUGUAUUAAACUCUAGAAUGCUGACGGCAAUACACGCAGUUCAGUCUGCCUUUGAUGAAGCCAUGUCUUACUGCCGAUACCAUCCCUCUAAAGGAUACUGGUGGCAUUUCAAGGACCAAGAAGAAAGGGACAAAAUAAAACCAAAAUCGAAGAAGAAGGAGGAACCAAGUUCAAUAUUUCAGCGUCAGAGAGUGGACAUGUUACUUCUGGAUAUCCGGCAGAAAUUCCAGCCCAAAUACAUUCAGCCAAAAUCUGGAGACAAACCUGUACCAGUGGAGCAGGUGAAAAAAGAAUCUGAACCACCAACUGAAACAAUCAAACAUGAAGAAAAAGAGUCUACAAAGAACUCGCAGCAGAGUUCAACAACAAAAGCUCCUCCUGAGAAACGGAUGAGGCUGCAGUGAAGAGAUGUUUGAAUCCUUCUCACCGAGUCAAUAACUUUUUGGCUCAGUUCUCAUGGGUGACUGAACUCUUGCAUUUUCAUUUCAUGCACAGCAAUUAUUUUUUGUUUUUGUUUCCGUACUGCAACCACAAAGGGAGUAUGUUCUCUGGGAGAAUUUUAGCCGUUGCGGUUCUUCAGUCCCUUCCAUUUCCUAAAUGACAACACUCCUUGUAGCUUAAAACAUUAUUUUCUUGCUCUGGUUGAAGUGAGAUGGAAUCAUUGAAAGAUGUCCAAAACUACCAUUUUAGCCGUUGCCGGAUAAGAGGAUUGAAGUUGAAAACAAGUGAUACUAUUGGUACUUUAAAUAUUACUUGGCUGUUUUGUACCCAUUUAAAAAGGAUGCUUUAUAUGUCACAGUUUAUUAAAAAAUCAAAAUCUGCAGAUGCUGGCAAUUUUAUAGAAAAAAUGAAAAUGCUUGAAACACUCAACAGGUCGGACGGCAUCUGUGGAAAUAAAUAGUUAAUGAUUCAGGUCAAAGACUGUUCAGAUUUGCCUGAUUUACAGAUUAUUCAGGUGUAUUGAUUAAUAAUGGUAUAGUUGUUUGGUUCAUUCUUUCGCAAAAACUACCUAUAAUAUUUUCCAUCUGACUGAGAUGUGUAGUUGAUUGAGAAAUGAUGGGUGUGAAAGCAAGUUAUUUUGCCCUGUGAUCCUUGGCAUUGUACAUUGUUACUUUGUAAAGGUAAAUUACAUUAAAAAUUCAUGUUUGAUGAUGAA